AUGACAGGCGCACCACUGGAUUCCGGGUGCUACUGGACUCCUAGGAGUACCAGCGAUGAAAGGGGAGGGUUUCGGUGUGCCGAGGACACGGCUGGGCUCUCCAGGCUGCAGUCUGAGGUCCCGCACACCUCCGCCUGCUCCGCAGGAAGCGACCCGGUGGGCGGGAGUGCGAGGCGCCCUCACAGCUUCUUAAAGCAGCGCCUGCGACUCCUGCCGGCCGCGGGCUGCGGGAAGGACUCCGGGACGCCCGCGACGGAGGCGGUGACCUUCGAGGACGUGGCUGUGAACUUCUCCCGGGAGGAGUGGGCGCUGCUGGAUCCGCCCCAGAGGAAGCUCUAUCGAGACGUGAUGUGGGAGACCCUGAGGCACCUGGCCGCCGUAGGAAUGAACUCAGAUGACCGGCAAAUUGAAGAUGUGUACAAAAUUUGCAGGAAAAACCUGAGUGGUGCAUAAGUACUCCUUUGUACCAACUUUAUUCUAAAAACCUGAGACCUGGAG